GUUAUAAUGGGCCCCUUUGUGGAGAUGGAACAAGAGGAAAGUUCUGCCCGUCACAUAGAGCAUCCAGCGUGACUCUCCCCCUUUUGCUACUCCCAGGCACCAAGGUCCCUUUUGGUGCUGGAGGAGAGGAGGAGGAGGCAGGGAAAGAGAGGGAAGCUCAACUCAGGAUGGAACUGCUGGUGCUGCUCAAUGCCCUGGCGACUCGGCUGCUUUUUGCCUUGCACUCCCUGCUUGGAGUCUGGAGAGUGACCAAAGUUAUGGAGGAGCCCAAAUACUGGCUGCUGGCAUUGCUCAAUCUCCCGCUCUGCAUAGAAACAGUGCUCACACUCAAGUUUAAGCAAGGCAGAGGCUACAAAUGGUAAGCAAUUCUCUCCUGGUCUCUCUCUGCCUGCCCGCCUGUUUCUUUACAUCUGCUUUCUAUCUGCAUCUUUGAACCGGGCUCUUAUUAGAGCUUACAGCCUUUGUCUUUUGCAACGGUUUAUCGUCCCCUUCCCCAAACUCCAUCCCCAGCCCUCCAGCUUGUCCCAUUCUAGUUCAGUAGAGUUUCCUUCCUUCUUUCCUUCCUUCCUCUCUCUCUCUCUCUCUCUCUCUCUCUCUCUCUCUCUCUUCUUUUGAACAAGGUUUUUCUGAAUCAAACUUUCUCCUGGAAAUGCAACGGAAAUGCUGCGGCACUUUCUGACUCAGGUUCAGAAGCACUUGCUUGUCUUUAUUGCUGGUUGGGAAGGCUAAGCAACUAAGGGGACACUGCAGCUAUUUGCAUUUCGCCACAGAGAGCAAGAAGGGUGGCAGAUCAGGAUGACACAAAGCGUGAGGCAGAGGAGAAGCACCAAUGCCUGUGCUGCAGGGGGGUGGGUGGGGAGGGGGGCUUGCAAAGAAGCAACAAGUCCAGCAAAAAAAAAAAGUGUGUGCAGACAGAAGGCUUGAGUUCAUUUGAGCAAUGGCUUAUCAGGUGGCAAGUUUAUAUGGGGGUCAAAGUUUUAGCAACACAGUGGAUUGGGAGAAUCCGGUAUAAAUCAGACUGUGGCUAAAAUGAUCCUCUCCUCCUGCUAUGACAUAUGACUGGUAUUGAUCCACGGUUCCCAUAGGAGUUGAUUUUUUCAUGUAUUAUAAGACACUGUGCCCCGUUGCAACAAAGGCAAGUGAGAGCCAACAGGGAAAUGUAGAGUCAGCAAAAUCAAGAAACGUACGGAUUGCCUCCCCAGCGUUCUGUGCAACUCCAGACUUUUUCAACCAAGACACUUCCCUUGCUUUGGAAAUUGUGAAGUGAUUAAUUGAAGAGUCACCUUAGCGUACACUUUUGCUUGGAGCACUGUGGAGGAUCCAGUGCAAUUGCACCGAGCAUCCUCUGUUCAUUUCACAACUCAGAAAAUGCCAGGAAGGCGGUCUUUCCAGAGAAGCAAUGAUUUGGCAAUGCCGCGUAGUCUAGAGAAACGGUUACAUGCAUUACGACAUGUAUGGAAUGCAACUUCCAGCAGCAGAUCCUUUCAGACAGUUUAACAAACGAUGGCAUGGUUAAAAGAGAAAAAGGCAGUAAGAUUUGUUAACAAAUCUUGGCUCAGCCAAACCACACACCUAAAGCUAGCUUGUGCCAAACUGCUAACAGUGUAGCAGUCUACCUUUGUGACGGCUGGUUCUUCUUUCUCACCAUGGUGAAAGGUAUGGCAUCUUUGUCCUCCUCUGACUUCACUGGAUUUCAUCUAGCAGGUCAUAAGCCACAACAAGCUCCAAUCUGACCUAAGGGGGAAUCACACAAUCACCAGUUGCUUCGUUUAAGGAAAUACACAUAUAAAUAAGCAAAAGAUGGAGAGGGGCCCAUUUCACACAAGCUUCCCUAUCUCUUGAUUUCUCAACAACUAACUAUGUGAACUGGCUCAUUUAAACAUCUCCAUGAUUUAUUGAGGCAAGCCAAUAUGAGAAUACUACCUUUGGGUAGGGUUGCAAGAGAAAUCUGGUUCACAUUUAGAGCCAAAUCUAUCGAAUUUCUACUUUCUGAAAGAAGAUGAGAACUGAAACAUAGCCAUCCUUAAAAAAAUCACAAUCAUCUGUAUUUUGUGAUGCAGCUCUACAAUGUUUCACAAAAUGUGCCUAUUCGUGGGAAAUGUGCAUUAAAAUGAACAUAUUAAUGAACACAAUAUACAAAAAUUCAUUGUUAUUAUUAGAAUUCACUUGUAAAAAUGUGCAUGUUAGUUAAAACAGCCCACAAAAUGUUUUUAUUAGUAGAAAUUCGCAAUAUAGUACUGAAGAACUUUCGUAAGGAUUUCAUGCAGAAAUAUGGAGAACUGAAUUUCAGAUUGGGGGAAAAAAUGAGAAAUGGAUAGAACUACAAUGGACAGAUUCUUCCAUCCCUACUUGGAGGUUUUCUUUUUUGACUAUGUGAUUCCUAGUCCAGUUUGCAUUUUUACUAAGCAAAGUUUUUUGUUUUCUCAUUCACGCCAAAGGGGAAAACCUAGGGCUUGUGAGCCCAUUAAACUGUCCUUUUUCAAGCCACAGUGAAAUGUGUACAGAAGUACUUGCCAGUGAUGCAUAUGUCAUGUCAUCAGCUGAUGUUUUGGCUCUCUGACUUCACUCCCCAAAAAUGAAAAGAGUUUCCUAUUACUUGGGUGUAUCUUUGGAAACUAGCCCUGUGUUGGUUUAUCAAAUCUGCAUGACAGACAAUUGUUUGUCUGAUAGAACAUGCAGAUCUCUCUGUCCGCUUCUGUGCACCCAUGAUAUGGUCCUGUGAUGAAUUUAAGCAGAGGUGAGAAGCUGGACUGCUACUUGUGAUGAGGCAGUCCCAGCUGUGAAGGCUUCACCUGGGAACUUCAUAGGUCUUCUGCAGCCCCUUCGCAGGAUCCAAGGAGGAAACUCCUAUGGGGAAGGGGAAGUUUCUGCAGGGUUUUUAUUAUGUCAAGUUACCAUUCCUAUGAGCUGGGUAUGCAUAUCAAAGGCACAAAUCUCUUCGCUCACAAAAGAAAAAGGGAGACUUUCCAGUGCUAUAAUUUAUGCUCAUUAGUGUACAGAUUUUCUGCAGUUUAAUCUUGAAAAUAUUCAAGGGUGGCCUUGAGAAUCUUGGCCUACCACCCUACUCAGAAAAAUCUGGAAUGGCACCUGCAGGAUGAUUUCAACCAGCUGCCUGAGCUCCUGGCUCAGGCAGGCAGGAUUUGGGGAGAGAACAUAACUCCCAAACAGAAAGAGAGAGCAGAGUCAGUCUUGGGGAUAAGGGUAUGUGAGCUUCAUUACCUACGAACCCCAAAAUCUGGGAUCCCCUUGAAACUGGUGCCAAAGUUUUGUAAUUGUUUUGUAGCAAAACCCCCGUUAUUUGUAUCACCCCACAUGUGUUUUACCUUUACCUUUACCAUACCAUAGACAUGCAGGCCAACUGGAGCCCAACAAACUGUCCUUUUUCAAGCCAGUUGGCCUAGGCCAGUUGGCCUGCAUGUCUAUGGUAUGGUAAAGGUAAAGGUAAAGGUAAAGGUAAGGCCAACUCUGCUCUGUCACAAGAGACUAGGGCCCUGCGGGACCUGACAUCUUUUCGCAGGGCCUGUAAGACAGAACUGUUCCACCAGGCCUUUGGUCAGGGCGCAGCCUGACCCCCUCCGCUGGCGAUCUGCACAGAACUUUGCUUAAUGGUUGCCAUCAAUUUGAUUUUAAUUAAUUUUUAUAAUGAAAGGUUUUUAGAAUGUUGGAUUAUUUUGACUGUUGUUAGCCGCCCUGAGCCCAGCUUCGGCUGGGGAGGGCGGGGUAUAAAUAAAAUUUAUUAUUAUUUAUAUUAACUGGCCUAGGCCAUCAAGAGGCUUGCAACCCUCACCUCUUCCCUAGUGAGCCCCACCUGGGAUGUUGGUUCUUGCCUGCCUUAGCUUCCUAGAGCAUACCUCCCACUGCUCCCUCUGCCUCAGAGCCCAACUUGUUCUGGCCUGAAAGCAGUGGCUGUCAGUCCCGCAGACCACAACUACAACGUCCUGAAAAAGAAAGGUUUGAGGAAGACCCUGCUGUCUCUAAGAAACAGAGACAGAAUCCAACAGUCUUUCUGAGAAUGCCUAUUAAAGAAUCUGCCAUAUAAAUGAAUGGGUACCAUUCACUCAUAUGGGGGGAAAAUAACAUGCUGCACUUCAGGUACUAUUUUGCUAGCAACAAAACCAGCCUGUUACAACUGAAAAGGAUGCAGUAUCCCUCUUUACUCUGGGUCUUCCCUCUGACAUGUGGGCCCCCUCUUCACCUCUGCAGGCAGCAUCAUGACUGACCUUUCGCUAAUUGCAAAUAAAGGUAUAUGCCUUUCUUAUUACUUAACGAAAAGGCUGGAGAGAUGGUGAUGAAUUAGUUCUUAAUGACAGACACUGGGAGGAAAGAAUAUAGUGCAGCUGGCCAAGAAUGUUUUCUCAAGAUGUCUUCUUUUGAAGAGAUAGCUUGAGCCAAAGUCAGUUGGCUGAAGACAACUUCAUUAGAUCAGCAUCAGUCCCUGGCCAGCUGGAAGAAUUUUUCAUACACUGAAAUCCUAGUGGGGAAGCCGUCAUCCAGUGCAGAGUGAGUUCCCCACCACAACUGCUUCUCAGCUUGGACACCUGCUUUAUAUUCAGCAAUCAGAUGGAAACAAGUUGCAUGGCUUCCUUAUUGAAAGGCUGGAGAGAAAAUCCAUUCGUAGGAACAAUGAUAUAGUAAGUGAUCGAAAAGAAAGAAAGAAAGAACAGGAAUGUUUUUUGUUUUUUUUAAAUGAGAAUUUUAAGAUUACAAAGAAAAAAGAAGGAAAAAACAAGAGAAAGAGAAAAAGAAAGAAAAAAAAGUAGAUAAAAGUAACAAUUAAACAAUACAAAUCAGUAAAAACCAAAGUCAAAAAGAAAAAACAAAACACACAAUACAUCAAAAUCAGAAAGCAAAAAUAAACAAAAAAUUUAAAAACAGAUCCAAUAUUCCCAGAUCCUUAACUGCCAUUACCUUAUUUCAUCGACCUCCUCACACCUCCCUUUUUUGUAUUCUAGUAGUUAAUUAUCUCAGCAAAUCUUUCCAUCUUUCACAAUAUUCUGUCAUUAAACUACCUUAAUCUAUUUUAACCUUAUCUUACCAUAAAAAACCCUAAAACUUAAAACUUAAAUCUUAUUUAUACCAAAUUCUCUUAACCAUAACAUAUUCUUACAUAAUUCUUUUUAACAUUUCUGCUAAAGCCAAAUAAUUUCAUUCCAACAUUUUUCUAAUACUCAUUAAUUUUACGAUACUUUUCUAAAUGAAUUUUUAAAACUUUCUUCCAAACUUUCUUCCAAUGUUACAGCAAUUUGGAAGUUUAAAAAAAGAGCAGCAGCCUUGAUCAUGAUAGCAAACAUAGUACAGUGGUACCUAGAUUUACAACCAUAAUCCAUUCCGGAGGUCUGUUUGUAAACCAAAACAGGUUGUAACCCAAGGUGCGCUUUCGCCAAUGGGGCCUCCGAAAAAAAAUGUGUUCGUAAUAAUAAUAAAAAAGGGUUGUAAUCCAAAAAAAGGUUGCAAACCGGGACACACACUUCUGGGUUUGAAGUGUUUGUAAUCCAAAACGUAUGCAAACCAAGACGUAUGCAAACCAAGGUACCACUGUAUUUUAUUAUUUAAGCUACCCAUAUAGUGCUGAAUUACUGUAGUUUCUAAGCAGCGGUAGAGAAGUAGCAUAAAGAACUUACAGUGUUGGCAGUUCCGUUUGACUGGGACUUUUCCUUUGUGUAUGCUAAAUUGAAGAUAUUUUGCACAUACUGAUUCAAGACUAUUUAUUAUGCUUCCAAAAUUUGGCUGAAAAGGUUUAGCAAGGGCUGGGGUGGUGACAGAGGGCAUUGACAAUGGACAAUGGAGGUAGUAUACCACAGAGGGUGGGUCAGGCUGACUUGUGGGAGCAAGGGCUAGUUCAUUCAUUCAUAAACUGUUUUCUAAAAGACUGCGUACAUCCAAACAUUCAAAUUGCAUGGCUUCCCCAGAGAAUCUUGGGAACCGUAGUUUACUCAUCACAAUUUCCAGCACCCUUAACAAACUAUAGUUCCCAUGUGUCCGGGGGGGGGGGGAGGGGAGAGUGCUUUAAAUGUACAGUCAGUACAUAGCCUAAGGCCAGGGCAGCUCAUAUAGUAAAUGUAAAUCGAACUUGGAAAAGCAUUGGGUAAACCAUCAGUGCUAAAGAUUACAUCAGAGCAGUUAAACCCAAAAUAAAACCACAUCCCAAGAAAAGAUUGAACCAGAAGUGCAUACCAGAAUUAUUGUCACAGGUUUCCUGUCAUAUUUCUGUGUGUCAGAUGAUCAGUGUGGGUUGCUCUGUGGCAAUACCAGUGAUCUCUUUCCAAUGAAAAAGAAACUCAAGUAGGUUCUGUAUUCCUGGAACUCCUCACUGCUCAGAAAAGUGGAUGGUAAGCAGAGCAAUAAUGUGUUGUUGUUUUAUGAGCCUCAGAAUUGUUGCUGUUGUUGUUGUUGUUGUUGUCUGAAGAUGCAGCCACAGCCACCACUUCAAAACGUAGGGGAGCAUUCAGCAUACAAACCCCCCUGAAAAUCAGAGUUUCAACAAAUAUAUUUUUUUGGGGGGGGGAAUAAUACCAUAGAGUAUUGUUCAAAACAGGACGCAAUCCCCAUUUCUUUUUCUUCCACAUGGCGUCACAUAAUAUUUAUCCAACCCAUCUCUUCAUUGUUUUGACAGAAGAAAAUGAUAGAUUGCGCAAUUCUGGCUAAGCUUGGUAAAUCCAGUUUCUUUUUAUUCCUUCCCAGGUUUUCCCCAGCAAUAUUCAUCUACCUGAUUAGCAUAGUGCCUUCACUGUGGCUUCUGGAGCUUCAUUUUGGGAGUCAGGUAUUGUUCUUUCCUACAGCAUAUGAUGGCAAUGGGUGGGUGUACAGGCUGGGGUGGUGAGCCAAGCUGCUUCAGUCAGCUAAAUUUGGGCACCAUUAAAGGGUGUGAUUUGGAUUUUCUACCUGAGGUAUUGAAACGUCAGUCCCCAACACAGAACACUUGUAUUUAUAUAUUUAUAUACCCAACAAAUAGCUGCGCUCGGCAAGAGAGGGCGUCAUGCAGAUACCAUCUUACCAGGAAGUCCAUUCUGUAUGAUUUUGGGAUCAGGCCUUUACUGUGGUGGCCCCUGUUGUUUCAAAUUGCCUCCCAUCACACAUCAGACUUAGGCCAUCUCUGUUGUCCUUUUUGGCAUCUCUUGAAGACUUUCCUCAUUCAACAAGCCUUUUAGGAAGCAAUUAAUAAGUGAAGCGAAUAAAUAUUGAUACACCUUUAAGAAACCCCAUAAUAAAUCAUGCAAAUAAUUAAGCUUGGAUUCAGUAAUACAGCCAAAUAAGACUCAACGAUCCUGUAUGCCAGUGAUGGGGAUCCCAUAAUCCAGAAGUCAGAGUCUGCAUCUGCAGGGCAACAGGUUCCCCACUUACCUGGAAGUAAGUCCCAUUGAUCUGCAUAGGGAUUACUUUGACUGAGCAGACAUCCACAGGAUUGCACUGUAAGUGAUGCAAAUUAAGAGAAAUUGUGCAAAUUGGCUCGUGUUGCAUUUCUUACACAGGCAACAAAAGCCAGCUUUUAUUAGUUUUAUUACAGAAUCUGGAUUACAAAAUUUUUCAUUUUCCAUCUAUUAUAUGCAGUCAUAGUUAUAAGAUGGAGCUAUACGUGUAGCAAAGGGGAAAUGGGAAAUAUUUCUAAUAGCUUGCUAGUGUUGUAGGCAGUGCAUGAGAAGAAACAACUUCAGUCCCUGGUUGCAGGAGUUAACCUCCUGCUGCAUGUGGAAUUAAUUAAGAGGGUUACCAACCCAGAAAGACAUCUGUGCAUAAGUGUUAUGAUGUCACUGAAAUCACAGUCCGUCUCUUGGUAGUAUGUUAGACAUCGCUGAGAGAUUUUCAUGCACUAUCACUACUUAGAAUCCCAUUAAACAUUGCAAUUUGUGCUCCAUUUACAUUUCGCCUUUUCUUGCUUUAUUACACAUGACCGACUACGAUUAUAUUAAUGUCGUUUUCCUUGCUCAUUGCCACGGCUCAUUUACACUUGACAUUCAGCACUUCAGUAAAUCGCAGUAUACACAGUUGCGUGGCAUUAUAUCAAUGAUCGGACCAGUACAUCAAGGUCACACAAACAGGAAAAUUCAAGCACAACCCAACAACUGUGGAUUCAGAAAUAAGCGCCACCAUGUUGAAUGAGGCUUAUUCCUAGGCAAGUGUGCACAGAAUUGCAGUCUAACAGAACAAACUUAUGUACACUUACUGGGGAGCAAGCUCUACAGAACUCAGUGGGACUUAUGUCCAGGUUGUGUACACACAAUGCCUUUAAAACACAUUUCAAGCCCAUGGCUUCUUCCAAAGAAUCCCUACAACAGUAGUUUACUCUUUGCAAAGCUACAAUUCCCAGCAGUCUAAACAAACUACAGAUCCCAGGAUUCUUUGGAGAAAGUCACAUGCUUUAAAUGUAUGUUGUGUACACAGCCAUACUUCUGCAUAAAUAUCCAUCGGGUUAUGCUGUAAGUCAUGCAUGAAUGAAUGAUAUAUUAUAAAGCACUAUUUUAACAUAUACAGUGGUACCUCAGGUUACAUAUGCUUCAGGUUACAUACACUUCAGGUUACAGACUCCACUAACCCAGAAAAAGUGCUUCAGGUUAAGAACUUUGCUUCAGGAUGAGAACAGAAAUCGUGCUCCGGUGGCGCGGCAGCAGCAGGAGGCCCCAUUAGCUAAAGUGGUGCUUCAGGUUAAGAACAGUUUCAGGUUAAGUACGGACCUCCAGAACGAAUUAAGUACUUAACCCGAGGUACCACUGUAUUAUAUAUUACAGUUUGUCCAGAGACCCGAAGAACAUAUGUAGAGAGUUGUUCAACUCUGUCCACAGGAGAUCUACAGCAGAGGCAGAUUUAGGGAAGUGUGGCCUAGGGGGUGCUGCAGGGCGUUGCAACUAUGACAUAAUAAAUUGAGCAGAAAGGAAGGCAAGAGGUAGGAGAGGGAGCCACCGACUUUUGGCCUUGCACAGGGAGCUACUGAAAUUUGAAAUACCGAAGUCGGCCCCUGUCUACAGUCAUAUCACAGGCAUGGUUCCUUUGAAACCUGUGCCAAUGCAUUCAACGGCAUUUAGUUCCAAAUAGGUGUGCUUAGAAUCGCAGACCUAGCUAUAUAAUAUAUUACUUUAUGGAAUGUUUUCAAGUUCAGCUGGUCUUCUCUUUUGUAAAUUGUUCAGGAACCUAACAUGAUUAAGAAACUUGAGGAAUUAAGAAAUAUGUUAAUUCAGCAAACCUGAAGUGCAUGCAUCAACUGACUUCUACGAAUAUGUGAUGUAAUGAAUAGAUGCCUAUAGGUUGAACAGAAGAAAACAGCCAGAUAUCGAAGGCAUCUGAGCAAGCAUCUUGUGGUCCAAGGGUGGGGACAGGCCAGAUGUGCCUGCAGCUAGAUUUCAUCCAGCCCUUUGGGUGACCUCCAUUGAUCAGCUGUUCAGUGGGGAGCGCCAAGAUCCAGCGAUCUACUCUUUAGAUGCAUAGUUAAUUUACCCAAGCCUGUUCUGAAUGAAAUUCUGAAUUAUUGUCCAGUAUCUCUUAUACUUAAUUUUAAUUUCCUGUACACCCCUCUGAUAUGUUAUAAUGUUAUAAAGACAUAGGAUGCUGCAGAUUUUUUUAAAAAGUUUUUUACAAACUUGUUUUUUUCUGGAGAAAAUGGAAGGUGAAACUUGAGUGGAGGUACUAAGAAUUAAACUUAUGUCUCUAUUUCCAUGGGAAAUAGCUUUGUUUGUGUGAUUUUGUAUGGGUAUGUGAUUGUGUAUGAGUCUGUGUGCAUGUUAAGGAUGUAUGAUUGUGUAUGGGUCUGCUGACCCCUGAAAGUUGCCCCACCAUGACAAUGCAGUUGUUGACCUGAAAAGAGUUACCCACCACUGUUCUAGACAUUAGUGCCCAGCCUUCACAUUUGUGUAACCUCCAAGAUCCCACUGAUCAAAAUCAGGAUGUUUGUUUUUUGAUCUUGAGGUCUCAUGGGAUCUAACUGACCCGUGCAAGAGCACAAGACCAAAAGAAGAGCAUCUUCUGGUCAAUUGUCACGAGCCAGCUGUCUCAUGCCAGAGCACCGGACUACAAUAUGGGACAUUCCAGGAUCCAAUCAGAAGCUGGGAUGGCUUCUUUAAUUCCAGGAUGUGAUGCUCAAUUUAGGACAGUUGAGGGGUAUGCUACUGGGCUGCUUUUAGUACAUAUGGGUCACCAGUUAUCAAAGUCAAUAGAGCAAGCAUCUUCUAAGACAUCAGCAUCUAUUGAGUAACAUCUUUUGAAAUCAAGGCAAAAAUACAGUAUUGUAAUAGCACACAAUAUUGAAUGAUUGUUAUUCUUGGACACUUUUCAUGCUACUUUCCCCUACAAAGCCUUCUGGAAAUGUAUGCAGUAAAGGGGCCAAAAUUGGCCAGAAAAUGCUAUACCAGUUGAAAAGGAAAAACCAGAUUCUGUACAACACACAUUAGUGGAAGCUUAUAUAUAUAUAUCCAGAUUCUGAAAGUCUCCAGUGAUGCCAGAUGUUAGAAAUAGGCUAAACAGAGUGUUGGGUAUGGCAGUUAUAGAAAAAAUUACAGCUUAUUGAAUUCAGAAAAGCUGGAAGAAUUGCUGAAUCUUUCCCAAGUAAAAUGGUCUUCAUUUGUUUUAGAUAAGCGCUUGGUUUUUCAUGCAUUACUGCAGAUGAGGGGGGAGUUUGGUUUAUUCUAAAAAUUGUGGUAUGGGAUAUUUCCAUUGCACAUGCAAAGUCCAUUUAUUGUACAUUUAAAAAUUCAUCUGUCAUAUUAUUAAUAAUAAAAAAGAAAAGGCCACGUUUUUAUAACCUCAUAAAUGAAUCAAGUCGACUGCAUAACUGAGAGAGAGCAAGAGAGGUGAAUAAUAAGCAUCUCAUUUCAAUAAAAUAAAGCAGCUACUUUAAGCUCUCUUCAAGUAUGGAAGGCUCUCCCAUGUUGAAGUUGGAGUGGGUCUGUGCUGGCGAGGCUGCAGGUUUGAGCUAGCCCCAUGCCACACACAACUAUUCUUGUACAUAGAGGUUUCUCUUCAGAUGUUCCCACUCAGCACAGGAACUUCCUGGGGCAGGCUAGCUCAGCAGCACAACCUCACUCCUUCUAUCUAUGAGAAUUCUCCCCCCUGAGUAACAUCUGAAGAGGGCCAAACAGUUCAGUUUUCUCUUUGUUAAUGGUAGCCAGGUUUGCACACCACACUAACCCAAACCAUGGUGUAACAUCAACAUGCGAGUGUGCAGACUCCCAGAGAUGAAUCUGCAACCUCUUUGGUCCUUUUUUUGCUGCCAUGUUGCGCUGAGCAAAGCCACGGUUUUGCUGGCUAUCCAAAUGGGACUUGUGGUUAAGAUCUCUCCUCAGCAGCAGUUGGCAGGGCUGAGCAGGAUGGUUAGUAAGGCAAGAGCUUAACCAUAACUUCAGAUGACACAGUGAGGCAAACAUCGGCUUAGCUCAGUGCGGCACAGCAGUUGAAAGGCCAGAGAGGAGCAAAGUGGUUGCAAACGUUUCCCAGAGCCCACAUGCUUACACAUUCUCUAUAAGCUGAGAUUCACUUAGGGUGAUGUGCAAACCAGGCCAUUAUGUACACAGCUGUAAUAUAUAUAUAUAUAUAUAUAUAUUCUCACAUUGUAAAACAUGUUCCAAGAGGUAACUAGCAAUUAUAGGACUGCUUUGUUUCUGGUAAAGCAAUUGCAUCCUUGACUUCAUUCCAAGUGUUUCAUUGCAUAGCUAUGGGAGAACUGCAUGGCAUUAAAUGUGUGUGUAUGUGUGCAAGUAGGAUGCAGGUUUUUUAAACAGUCAGAUUGCAUCAAUAGGUUUUUAAGAAUGCAAAUCCGCACCAAUGGGGAAUUUUCUUCCAAGGCGAACACUAGCUUUAGAGGAGGAAUUUUCCUCACAAUUGUAACAGGAGAUGAAUUGGUUAAUUUCUUUCUUCUUGUUUGUUCUGAUACUGUUACUUGUCAGUUUUUUCCUUUUUAAAAUUUACUUUAAAUGCAAAGACACAUUUAAUGCCAUAACUAGUUUGAGGUCCACAAUGACUACAACUUAUAUGUGGCUAAACAAAAGGCAGUUCUAGAGAACCGGGGACUCCUUCCAGCAACACAAUUGACACUCAUCUCUGGAGUUUACAAGCAAAGCAAAUAUAAAACAUGUAUUGUAAUUCCCUCUUGACAAGAGAAUGUGCACUGAAAUUGCAGCUUACCUUUGACCCUGUCGUAGCAGAAAAUCUCAGUCUGCUGGCAGCAGUUCUACAUAUAUAAGGAAAUAAAGGGGAGAUUAAAUUAAAUGUUGCUUUGUUAAAAACCUAACCAUGGCACAUUUUUGAGGAUACAAGGAGAGACAGACCUUCAUGCCUCAAAAUGCCUGUUUUGACUUGAAAACGAAGUCUGAGUGCAGAGAGAGAGAGAGAGAGAGAGAGAGAGAGAGAGAGAGAAAUCAAAUAAUCUUCUUCCUGAAACAAGAUCAAAAUGUCUACAUAGUCAGGUGUACUUUCACAAACCUGUUUGAAGUUGAUCAGCAGAUGCAGGUCUCAAAGUAUUUGAGAAUCACAGAAUUACAUUCAUUCAGAGAUAGAUAGAUAGAUAGAUGAUAGAUAGAUAGAUAGAUAGAUAGAUGAUAGAUAGAUUGAGAGAGCGAGAGAGAGGCAGGCAGGCAGGCAGGCAGGCAGAGAGACAGACAGGCAGAUGGGAGAGUACAUUUGCUCAACCCAAGGUGGUAUAGCAGGUGUCAUGCCUGCCCAAUCCUAGUCCCUGGCUCCCCUUAAAGCCUUGGCUGUUAUCAUGGGUGCCAAUUUGAAUAAAAUCUUGUGGGGGGUGGGGGAGGUAAGCCCUGCCCCACAUAAUCAAUCACAAGACAUGGCACAUGCACACCAUUUGAAUGGCAAUGUCCAUCAACUUUGGGGGAGGGACCCCUCAAAUAUUUUAUGGGGGUUGGCUCCUAUGUUUGAGAGGAUUCACAGUCUUUUAAUAUACAAAAUAUGGGGCCCCCAGUGCCCUAACUUCACUCAUCCGUUGAGUUCAGCUUACAAUCUUAUCUGUGUUUAGUAAAGUGGUGUGAGGUACACCUGUGAGCAGCUGAAUGAAAUUUCAGGUUUCCAGCUGAAAACCAAUGGAUACUUUGGUAAAAUAAAACAACUCAGUAUGCAGCAUUCAGAGGGUUCAUAAUGCUGUGCAUAUAUUACAUCAUUAAUCUUUACAACCACCUUGUAAAUUUGAUCAGUAUUUAUUAUCCCGUUAUUGCAGAUGAGGAGUAGAGACUGAGGCUUGCUUAAGGUUAACCUAAUGAAUCUAUGGCAGAACGGAGAUCUGAACCGGAAACUUCUUGGUCACAACUUAAAAGCCCAAAGUUCUGCACGUUUAAUCAGAAGCAAAGGCCUCCAAUACUCAAUGGGCCUCACUUCUAGAAAAGUGUGCAUAGGAUUGCAGCCUAAGUCUCUCAGCUUUUGACAUCUGCCUUACUUCCUAAGCAUACUGCAUGCAAAUGUGAAAGGGUGUGAGAGAUAAGAGACAUACAUCUGCUCUUCCUUGGAAGAAAUGUGAGAGGAACAAAAUAUUCUGUUGCUUGCAACUCAGUCAAAAAUUCCAGAAUGAGCUUCUUAUUGGCCUGAAAUGAGAGAUUGUUAGGAAGAUAGGUUAUAAUAAUAAUAAUUUAUUAUUUCUACCCUGCCCAUCUGGCCCGGUUUCUCCAGCCACUCUUUAAAAAACCACAUCCAGUUUUCCACUUUAGAUGUUUUUAAUGGUCUCCUCCAGUUAAAUAAUGAACAAGUCAAUGAGAGUCAAAUUCAGUUUUCAACCACACAUCCUUUUUUGGUACAGAAGGAUUGCUGCCCUACAGUCAAAUGAUUUUCACUGUUUACCUCCGUUGCCUUCCCUCACAAUCUUUAUGCAAUAAAAAUAUUGUUUGUCAGUUGCUGUUCUGAAGAUAUUCACAGGGGCCCUUCUUACAUCAUGUGUGUGCCAAAUGAGCUCCUUCCUGGCUGCAAUCUGAGAAACCUGGAGGGAGGAAGAGCCUAUGCUGUUGCUCCUCCUACCCCAGUGUGGAUCAUUUCGAAACUGGGACAAUGCUGGCAUUUGGACUCUUUCCACAUGUUCUGGGGUUUCUCAUGUUACCUGAAAAGUAUAGGAGGGUCCACACAUUACAGCAGUGUUAAGCAAUAUGGGUUAUUUUAAUUAAUGUCUAUACAGAAUUAGAGACUGAUUUAUCCCCUGAAUUGAAUUUUUAUUGCAGGCUUGCCAUAAUGAAUCGGAUAUGCGGCCAUUCACUCCAAAAUAUGAACCCGCUUAUCAAAGCAAGGCCAUAGAUGGUCCCAUAAUAGGAACGGUAAGCAGGGUCUCGUGAAAUGACAGCAUCUACUUAAUUCUUGAAAUGUUGGUGUCUGAACUAACUUGAAUUCUACUACUGCAAAUUGUGUUUUAUUAUCAGUUGUGAGGUCUUCUAAGACACCUACUUUUAAAAGAGUGUCCUUAAUUUGUGCAAUGACGCUGUGGCAGAUAAUGUCACACAAAUGCAAUAUCUCAAGGGUUUAACAUUACAAGAAUGAGCCAAACCUCCCCUUGAAGUCACAUGCUCAUCCUCUGGUACGGCCCUAAAGAGACCACGCUUCCACUUCUUUUUAGAUUAAUCACAGUUCAUAGUGAUUCAACUGUGGUUAAUCUUAACUCCGGUUAGUGAAAACAAGCCAGCUUCAUAAACAAUGGUUUGAAGUAUGCUUGUUUCCACUAAUUCUUGUUAUAUUACUGUUGUUGUUAAUAAUAAUAAUAAUAAUAAUAAUAAUAAUAAUAAUAAUAUACUGCCCUAUAUGCAGGUCUCAGGGCAAUACACAGGAUAAAAUCAGAAUAUAAAACCACAAAAUGCAUAAUCAAGAUAAAAACAAAAACAACCCAAUAACCCCCCCCCAACACAUUUUAAAAGGGCACAGGAAUCUAAUCAACGAAAGACCUGGUUAAAGAGGAACGUUUUUGCCUGGUGCCUAAAGUUUUAUAAUGAACCUCCCUAGGGAGAGCAUUCCAGUCUGUCGAUGUAUGGGUGAGAUGGCAAACUGUGGCACAUCAAAAACAGAUGAAAACCUCUAAACUCAUAUUGGUGACUGUACUGGAAAAGGAGGGAAGGGAAGAAACAAGCAAGCUCGGGGAUUCCAGGCUCAUUCACAUAACACUAAACUAUGGUUUAGUGCAAACACAGGAAAUGUCCACCCAAUGGCCCAAGUGUCCUAAAUUGCCCUGUGAAGCUUCCCUCCCCCCACAAGCACCCUUCUGUAAAACCACAGCUGCAAAGCUCCUGAUUUAGCCUUUGAAAGUGAGGCUUGUAUUCAACGCCUUUUAAAUCUUGCACCAAAUGCAAGCUUCUUUGGGACUGAUUCCAUUUGGGUGCUUCCAAACUGAGCUCCUGAGUCAAGCUGAUCCCUACUGAAAGUGGAGCUUGAAUUCAACAUUAGAUUUAAUUUCAAGUGCAACAUUGCUGGGAUUGGCUCCACUCACUCAGGAGCUCCCAACCCUCGUUUAGUUUUAAACUCCAAACCAGUCCAAUAUAUCCUGGGGAAAAGAGUAAGCACAACAAUCAAGUAAUAUCUGUUUCUAAAUUCACAUGUAUCAACUGCUAGCCUCUCCCAGAAUCUGCCUUGGAACUGGUGAUUAAGGGUGGUAUUCAAGCAAAAGGAGAAAUGAAUGGACCUAACUUUGUCUUGCUUGUUAAUUUCAGUGGGUCUACUCUGAGUAAAACAUUGCUGAAUGCCAUGCUAAAUCUUUGUUGUUUUGGUCUGUUCCUUCUGCAAUAAUUACAGAACAAGAAUUUUGCCAUCUAUGCCAUUAUAAUACCAAAUGCCUGCACAGUUUGUUAUGCUCAUGGCAUUUGGUGCGUUGGGUGGAAAUGGUCUAGACCAGGCAUGGCCAAACUUGGCCGUCCAGAUGUUUUGGGACUACAAUUCCCAUCAUCCCUGACCACUGGUCCUGUUAGCUAGGGAUGAUGGGAGUUGUAGUCCCAAAACAUCUGGAGGGCCAAGUUUGGCCAUGCCUGGUCUAGGGUUUCCCCCCUUCAACAUUUGUGGCAAUAACAAUACAGCUUCCUCUCAUUAUUAAUCCAUUUCUAGGUUUAGCAAAUUACUUCCUUGGCAUUAUCAAGGCACUAUCUAUAAUAUGUAUUAUAAAAUGGAAUAAAGUGUGUAUCAAAGUUGGCUAGGCUGGGUCUUAUAUCUGUCUUUAUAUCCCUCUUUAGCCAAGAUUAUUGUAAUUAGACAUGCUGCUGGCUUAUUUGCAACCCCCCUUCCCCCAGCAUAAAGAACUAAAUUCUUUACUUUGUGGUGAGGUGAAAGCAAUCAAAUAUCUCUUUCCAUUCAAGCCAUAUUACAGAAUGAGCAAUGCCGAAAGCAUUUGGUCCAGAAAACUGGGUCAUUUCAAGGAUUGUGAACCACAAACCUCUGGCACCAAGUCAAGAAGUGCUGCCAGGAUGCAUAUCCCUUUAUAGCCCUCAAAUGUCCACAAAUGCAGUGAAUGAGCCAAAAGCGGCUAGGAGCAGAUUCUGCCCCUGCACACUAAAAAGCAUGUUUCCUAUGUGUAUCUUCCUAUCUGGGAGCGGCCACUGAACUGGAAGCGGCUGCGGAGAACACAUAACACCGGUCUUGAAAGACCUACAUUGGCUCCCAGUACAUUUCCGAGCACAAUUCAAAGUGUUGGUGCUGACCUUUAAAGCCCUAAACGGCCUCGGCCCAGUAUACCUGAAGGAGCUUCUCCACCUCCAUCGUUCUGCCCGGACACUGAGGUCCAGCGCCGAGGGCCUUUUGGCGGUUCCCUCGCUGCGAGAAGCCAAGUUACAGAGAACCAGGUAGAGGGCCUUCUCGGUAGUGUCACCCGCCCUGUGGAACGCCCUCCCACCAGAUGUCAAAGAGAAAAACAACUACCAAACUUUUAGAAGACAAAUCUAAAGGCAGCCCUGUUUAGGGACGCUUUUAAUGUUUAACAGAUUAUUGUAUUUUAAUAUUUUCUUGGAAGCCGCCCAGAGUGGCUGGGAAAACCCAGCCAGAUGGGUGGGGUAUGUAUGUAUGUAUGUAUGUAUGUAUGUAUAAAUAAAUAAAUAAAUAAAUAAAUAAAUAUUAUUUAGGCAGAGCUCCACACGAUCAGGAACCCUGAAAAAGCAGGAUUAGGAAUAUAGGAAGCUGCUUUAUACUAAGGCAGGUCACUGGUCCAUGGGAAGAUAGGAGCUGUAGUCCUAAAAUUUCUGGAGGGCUAUAGGUACCCCAACUCUUAGUGGUGGAGCAAAUGUCAAGUUCUUUUCCUGGGAUUUCAGCAUCACUGAGAAAGACCCCAACCUGAGACCUUAAGCAGCCAUUCUUGGUCAGAGCAGAUGAUACUGAGGUAGCUGGGCCUAUGGACUCAGUACAAGGCACCUUCGUGCACUGUCAGACUUCAUGCAACUGUCAAAAGCCAGUCCAUCUUACAUUCAGAUUGUCAUGAGGCCAGGGCGACAUGAACUGAUCUCAUCUUCCACACCUACCAUGCACUGAACAGUCAUGUGAAUUGGCCUCUAGUGGCAGAACACCACCCAGCUUCCUUUGGAUAGCUUUUGCUGAAUGUUCAGAUGAUUCCAAAAUAUCGGGUUUUUUAGAAGUGCUGAAAACCGUCUAUCCUGCUUCAGGUAUAGGGAUGAGGAAGAAAUCUGAUCCAGUUCACAUUUAAAGGCAAACCUACCUAAUUAGCACAAUAUUGGAAAUGAAACACAGCUGUCCUUCAAAAUUUGCACUUCAUCGAAUUUUGCAAUGUAGUUCCUGAGCCAAGUAAUUUGUACAUACUCCCCAAGGAACCCAGGGUGGCAAAAAGACCCACAAAACAGAAAUAUUCUAAAUGAGUUAAAACUUUCUAAAAGCAAUUAAGGUUGAAAACAUUCUUAAAGCAGUUACAACUAAAAACCUUGUUCCAUCCAGUGAUAUCAGGGUUAGUUGUGCAUCUAAAUGCAUCUAGUAAGAAAAAUAACAUAUUAAAGGCAUCAUUAUUGGGGAAAAUUUCUUUACAAAAAUGUAUAUUCUAAGCAAAAUUGCAUACAAAAAUAUGUAUUCACACCAAAAUACUGGUAUUUGGGGGGAGGAUUUAAAAUGUGGAAAUGUGGAGAAUUGUAAUUAAGAUUGGACUAAUGAGAGACAGGAAUUGACCAAAUCACGCAUCCCUACUCCUGUAUCUGUUCAUAUUUCCCACAGUUCCUAUGUUGAUUCUUGUUUUUAUGGCUCUUUGCAACAGGCCAUAGAAUUUGUCAACACAAUCUCCGCUGUGUGUGAGUCAGUUUGGAUGCUAGGUCUCCACCAGACCUUUCUACUGCUGCUUAUCAUUGGGAGAUGGCUUCUUCCCAUUGGGGGUGAAAUCACCCGGGACCAGUUGUCGCAGCUCCUUCUUAUGUUUGUGGGUACUGCAGCAGACAUACUUGAAUUCACAAGUGAGACCAUGGAAAUUGAGAACGUGAGGUAGGUAAUUUGCUAGGACACCAAUUAUUUUGGAGGCCUUGGUCGUGUCAGUCCCUGAAGAACUUCACCUGAAAAGUCUGGAUGUUCUUCAGAUAAAUAGGAAGAUGCAAUUUUUGUCCAAGUAGGAUUGUGAAUUUAAGAACUGCAGUGUUCUGUAUCACUUUGCAAAUGAAAGGCAUCCAGCUAAAUAACAAUAAAAGAAAGUUAGGCAUUCCUGAGUUCUACUGAACAGCAAUGCUACAAAAGCUAAUCUCAACUGACUUCUUCCUUUGCUUUCAAUGGGAUUUAGCUGUAGCUAAUUUAUUGUGGUAUGAGAUUUCAGAGGCAAUACCUACAUUACUGGGACGCGGUUGGCGCUGUGGGUUAAACCACAGAUCCUAGGACUUGCUGAUCAGAAGGUCGGCGGUUCGAAUCCCCGCGACGGGGUGAGCUCCCAUUGCUCGGUCCCUGCUCCUGCCAACCUAGCAGUUCAAAAGCAUGUCAAAGUGCAAGUAGAUAAAUAGGUACCGCUCUGGCGGGAAGGUAAACGGCAUUUCCGUGCACUGCUCUGGUUUGCCAGAAGCAGCUUAGUCAUGCUGGCCACAUGACCCGGAAGCUGUACACUGGCUCCCUCGGCCAGUAAAGCGAGAUGAGUGCCGCAACCCCAGAGUCAGCCACAACUGGACCUAAUGGUCAGGGGUCCCUUUACCUUUUUACCUACAUUACUAGGUGCAUGGAGGGAUAACACAGAUAGUGUAUUUCUCUGUCUCUCUGCCCAUUUACCUAUGUUAGACUAAUGCAACAUCUGCAUUACAUAGAGAUUCAGUCAUUAGCUUCUGAUCAGUACCUGCAGACAGCAGAAGUGGGAAUGGGGGAAUACUGUAGCACACAGCAAUGACAUCUGCAAAGGGUAAUGGAACAAACUUGUUUCCUGUUGAUUAAAUAUGAAAGGCUCUUAGACACGGCGUUUUUCUGCCUUUUUCAGCAGUACUGCUUCUAAGCAAAAUGUCUCAUUCCAGAAUUGCUGAAUUACAAUGGUUUACAGCAUUCCGGAUUCAGCAAAUAUCUGAAAUUAUGCAAAUGAAAACGUUCACAUGUGAAUGCUGUCAAUCCCAGAGAAAUGUUACAAAGAUAAGGAAUCUCAGGGGUGCACCCGUCAUAGACAGGGAAUGUUGAUAGCCACCUAUUGUCAGCACUCACUCACGGAUUUCCCAAAGCAGGGAUCAAUUUUUAGGCAUACACAAAACAUAUUUGGGUUUGGCAAUAUUUGCAUGCAGUAAUUCUCCUGAUUUUGAACAUUCACUGUAACAUGCAUAAUAGUACUUCCAAGCAGUAAUCAGCUGCUACAUCAUUGCCUAAUGCGUAGGCUGGCUCAAGGACACAUUCAAGACAAGGAGAGUUUGGGGCACUAGUUAAAAACAUUAUUUCACAGUUGGGUAUUUGAUACUACGUAUUUGAAACUGCUGCUAGUAUCUAAGAUAGCUACAGAACUAAUUUAAUUGCUGUUAUAUCAUAGUUUCAUUUGUUCUUUGAUUGUUGUCUCUAUUGUCCUUUUGGUUUUGCACUUUAUUGCAUUUUUGUUGCUUGAUAAAAGGGGAGGGGUGCAAAUAUUUUAAUAAAUUGCAACAGACACUACAUGUGCCUCUAGGACUGAGAUGCCCCAGUGUAAGGGAAAAUGCAAAACAGAGCAGCUCCCAAGAGCUUGCUGAUAGCUCAAUCCUAUGCAAGUUAUUCAGAAGCAAUCCCCGUUUAAUUCAAUGAAACUUACUUCUGAGCAGACAUGCAUAGGAGUCUGCUAUAAGAGACCAUUAGGGGAAUUAUACCUUUGUUCAGGAAUCCCAGGCCCUGACCUAUAUAGAACAUGCUUUGUCCCCUGCACAUACCGCUGACUGCCUUAUCACCACCUCACAGGUUCCCCAUAUCUAAUUAGUUUCUGAGCUAUAUUUUCACUUUGCACUAGGCAGGAGGAUACAGGCCAGAAGCUGGAUGCUGCCCAUGGGAUAUUAUUUGGUCAUUCCUCAUCUUGAGGUUCUGAGCAUAAGUGUCUGGGAGACAUUACUGUAACCAUGCUAGAAUGCCAUAAAAUUCACAAACUCUUGGGCUGCAGUUUUGCUAAUGGGUCCUGCCAACACACACGGAAGCUUGGAUUUAUUUAUUUUUUAAAAAAACCUUAAUUGGAUGUCUUGUUUUCAGGCUGGAUUGUUUUAUAGUAUGUUUUGGUUAAUAACUGGGAAAAUUAGUCUUUGGUCUUGUAAAAUAUCCUUAACAUUAUUUCUAUACCUGGAAUGGAUUCCAUGAAUUUUCUCACAAAUGAGGGGUCCUAAGAAGUUCCCAGCCCCAUGAGCUGGACUUGGUUGCAUUUUAAUAUGAUGGCAUUCCAUAUGCUUUGGAGGGAUUGCUUUUUAAAUGUAUGUCAUUCAUUUUUGUUCAUUUUAGGACCAACCGCGCUGUCGUGUAUGCAAUCCUAGCCGUAUGGACUUGGAGCAUGCUGCAGUUCCCCCUGGAUCUUGCGGGUGAGGGACAGUAACAAAUUCCAAGGAUUUAACUCAAGAGUUAAGGAGGGGGUUAUCCUACAUGCCACCAAAUAAAGAAAAAAACCCUCUCCAUUGAAACCCUGAUUAGCAAGGACUAACUUCUCCCACCAGAAGCUUACGCCACUCUGACUUCCUUAAAAGUAACAUAAGCCAAUGGGAACAACUGCCUUCUUGUCUCGUGAAAAGCUCUGGGUUGCUGACAUCUGUCGAAAGCCCUUUACAAGAAGCAAUCACUUAGCCGAGAUGGCAAAGUUCACAUGUGGCACUAAAGUGGAUUUCUGCAGAUCCCAGAAGUACACUGGCAUUUACAUGUGAAAUGUAACAUGGGAGUGAAAGCAUACCAGCAGUUCUACACUGUAGAUAGCAAAUCACAGAAGUUGCCACACCUGAGAUCAUAAACUGCUGGCUCAUGUAAUCUCACUUCUGUGAAUGAAAGCUUUGGAUGUAGGAGAAAUUCAGUUCAGUUCUCAUUUAAAGGUGAACCAACCUAAGUCACACUUCCAAAACAACACACUAGUUGAAACUCUGCCACCCUUAAAAAUUCACACUUCUCUGAAUUUUCCAAUCAGUUCUCCAGUUUUGAAAAGUAAUACUAAUAUAUUAGUGAAAACAAAACACAAAAAAAUCAUUUUAUUAGGUAACCUAGCUUUGCAAAAAUGUGUAUAUUAAGCAAAAUUGCAUACAAGUUUAGUCAGAAAAUUUGCAUGAAAAUGCCGGUGAACGAUCAUGAGGACUUCAUACGAUGCUUCACUUGAUGUUACUGUAAUAAUAACAAUGGUCUUCCUUGUUUGUAGUGCAACAUGUUGGCUGCGGUCGCCCAGGCUCCUCAAAGAGGGUCUUCAGUUUGCUUCUUUGCAGAUACAGUGCAGACCUAUGGAACAUUGGCAUCAGCUUGUUCAUUCAAGAUGGCCCUUUCCUCGUGGUGCGCUUGAUACUGAUGGGCUAUUUCCAAGUCAUUAACCAGAUGCUGGUCUUUUUCACAGCUAAGAAUAUCUUAAUUGUGAUGCUACAACUAUACCGUCUAAUAGUGUUAUCAUUAGACUUCCACGCCUCCCUUCGGAAUCGGCCAAACAGCCGGAAAGGAGGAGUUGGCUGUUGCCCAUGUGAGCCCAACACUAUAAGCCUUCCACCCAGCAACUGUGAUACCGAUGAAAGGGAGCGUCCUUCAGUUGCUCUGGAGGAUUCUUCAUCAGUCACCGUUGAAGGCCUGUGAGCUCAGAUCUCUUUUUCAUGAUGUUCAGUCAUUUCCUCCCUUGGCUACAUAGAAAGGGGACUGGCAUAUCAGAGGCAGUCUGAUAUAUUUCCUGUCCGCUUCAAGAUGAAUAUUUGAUUCUAGGAAGCAAGAGGAAGUGUUGGAGCAGCAAACUUGCUUGAAUGGAAAUGUUGCAAUCCUACUGAUUUAAGUAGGCAGGCACUAAAUCCACAGUAUAUUUAUUUAAUGGGAUUUAAAUAGAGGUAGUUUUUCAGAACUUAAAAAAAUGUGAUGCGUUGGAGUACUUCGCUAUUGACUCUUAAAGACACUGAGCUAUCAGAAUAUUUGCCUAUAGUAUGGUAGAGAAACUAUUUACCUCUCUGGGGAAUCACUUCAACUGUGACAACGGCAUGCAAGUAUUUAUGAAUGAAAUAACACAUCCCUUCCGCUCAUCUGAUGUAAGAACAUUAUACAGUCAAUGAAUGCAAGAACUGUUUUAGUAUUAUGCCUCUCUUGACUAGAUCGAUAAUAAUGGUGGUGUUUACCCCAUGUAGGAAUGUGAAAAGAGCAUGCAGUUCUUUCUUUCAGAUACAGCCAAGCAAGACAUUUUCCCCAAAAUCUUGCUCAGCAUUUCAUCAACAUUAUGCCUGGUUUAACCCCACAGCAAAUUCACUUCCUUGAAGGAUUUUAUAGCAGUUGUUUUAUACAAAGGUACCGGUAUUUGUCCUUUUCACAAUAUCAGGUCAUUUUAGGAGACCACCAAUCUGUGAUAGCUUUUACCUUCUCAAUGUGGUUCCAACUGCUGGGGAAUCAAUAAGAGUCAAUUAUUUUUUAUGGACAGUCUGCAUGAAAACUGAUGAUAGAAAUGCCAGAUGUUAAAGUUAUCUAGUGCAUAUCUGGUUCUCUGUGAGCAUUGUGUGAAUUUCCCUCAGGAUCUGGUCAACAAAUGAAAUUGUGAAAAGUUGUUUUCACAUAUCCUCAGACUUUGAAAAGAAAUGCUGAAUUAGCAAAUGGAUUAUAUGAAUGAAGUGGGGUGGAAUAUUCAGUACUGUAAUCACUGUUGUAAAGGUUGCAUGCUUACAUAUUUUUAUUUUUUGACAAAUGUUUGCAAAGAAAAAAAUAAAUAAAUGUCCAGAUAACACAGACAUUUCCCCCUGCUCAAGGUACUCCCAAAUCCACAUUUGUCUAGAUAUUGUGAAGUGGGGGAGGGGGGCUUGCAAAGGGUCAUCAGCUGAUAGAAGAGAGUGGUGUUUCGCUUCACCCAUGCUGGGUUAUUGCUUUUUGCAAAGCCCCUUCCACAGCUGAGUUUGCUUCUGGUUUGGUGCCACAGGUUCCCCAUCUCUGCUAUACAGGAUGGUUGUAAAAAAUGAAAUUUUGUGCUGAGUCAUGUUAGGCUUAUUUCAGUGAGAUUCUGGAAUUGCUUCCUUCCAGUCAGCCGCCUCAGAGGGAAGGUAGCUCUGUGGUGUAUCUGGAAUUAUUAACAACAGCAAUUUUGAGGGUUGCAUUUCCUCCAGUCACUGGAUAAUGCUAUCCCACUUGGCUUGAAUUGACUUCUUUACCUAGUACACGACCUAAAAUUAUAUCUCCAGCUUUGCUCAUAUAAAAAUGGCAGUGUUUGUCAUUACUUCUGCUCUUUACCUAACAAGGAACCUGUGUUUUUCACUUAAGGAAAGGCUGGAGACAGAGUAACUGCUGGAUUUUUACAUUUACAAAAAUGGGGGGGGGGGGGUCAGCCACUGAGUGCUUCUUGGAGCCUAAAAGUAAAUCCUUUGUGGUUUAAAAGCAGACCAGCUUCCAUGUUAAGUUAGAAAAAUAAAGAACAACACUAUUGCAAAGGU